ACUCAACCAAGUUUCAUGUCUGAUCUCGACGCCCAAACUCCUACUGCUUUUGAUCCCUUUGCCGAGGCAAAUGCUGAUAAUUCUGGGGCUGGGUCAAAAGAUUACGUGCACAUCCGUAUACAACAAAGGAAUGGUAGGAAAAGCCUGACAACUGUGCAGGGGUUGAAGAAAGAAUUCAGCUACAACAAGAUACUGAAGAAUCUCAAGAAAGACUUUUGCUGCAAUGGUACUGUUAUACAGGAUCCUGAAUUAGGCCAGGUUAUUCAACUUCAGGGUGACCAACGUAAGAAUGUUUCUGCAUUUCUUGUCCAGGCUGGAAUUGUGAAGAAAGAGCACAUCAAAAUUCACGGUUUCUGAUUGUUAUCAUCAACCUUGCUGCACAGUUAUCGUACUUGUUAUGUCAGUGUCAGAGAUGCUAUCCAAACUUAGUUCUACUGGAACUUGCUAGUGUCUAAUUUCUGCUGGUUUGAUAUAAAUACUGUAGUUGCUUGCUUCUCUAUGUUCUGUAUGUUGAAUAUGAGUUAUGCUAUAUUUUCAAGCACAAGCACUUCACGAA